AUGGACAAACUGAAGCGGGUGCUGCGGGGCCAGGACGCCGAGGAGCCCAGCGGGCUCGCCGAGGUUAUUGAUGCAACCUCACUGAGCUGGGGCACCAGAGUGAAGGGCUUCGUUGCCUGCUUUGCAAUAGGCUGUCUGUGCUCUCUCUUGGGCAGCUGUCUGUUAUGGAUACCAAAGAAAGGACUGAUUCUCUUUGCAGUGUUUUAUACAUUGGGGAAUAUCUCAUCCAUUGGGAGCACUGCUUUCCUCAUGGGACCAAUGAAACAACUGAAAAAGAUGUUUGAGCCUACUCGUUUGAUUGCUACUGUUGUUAUGCUAUUGUGCCUUAUACUAACACUGUGUGCUGCUUUUUGGUGGCACAAUGCAGGACUGGCCCUUCUUUUCUGCAUAUUGCAGUUUUUUGCCCUGGCAUGGUACAGCAUUUCCUUCAUACCAUUUGCAAGGGAUGCUGUGAAGAAAUGUCUUUCAGUCUGUCUGACCUAACAGGAAUACUGGAUGCUUCACAGAGUUCUUGGAAGGAUAGUAGAACUAUGUUAAGAUCACUGUGUAUGUAUUUUCCUACUUCUGUCUUAACCACGUGCCUUUUGGCUUCUUGUUGGAGGUUCCUUGUCUUAAAUCCAGUGUGUACAGUUACUUGUUUUUGUAAGCAAUGAUGCCUGUAGGACAGGGUGCUCAUGUGAUUUAAAUGAAGGUCACUCUGGCAGAAGAACUGGGCAGAGUGUGAUGUGAUGAUAAUUAGUAUGUAAAAUCAUGCAAGUGUUUGGUUUUGCAAAAUUAGCACAGAAAGUUUGGGAUGAAGUCUGUAAAGCAGAGUCCUUGCUUCUGGGACUAAGCCACUUUGGAAGAUCUGAUUUUCAAGAAAGGGAUCAUUUGCCAUCUGAUUUUCCUGUCGAGAAAUUUUCAAGUAACUUUGUAUCACUUAAUCUUUGCACUGUUUACCUUGGGUAAUGAGUACUGCUGUUCUGUUGUCUCUCUGUCACUUGCAAAAUUUUAGAUUUAYGAUACUGCUAGAAAGCUUGUUUCUGAAUGAAAAGACUGUUUCGAGGUAAAUAUUUGAAAUGUAUGCUUCCUCAGUGAAGCAUUUCACUUGUUGUAUAAAGUGAUAGCGUUUUCCUAAAAUGAAUGAAAGGGGCACUUUCUUUUGUAAAAACUUGUUUGCAUGGGGAAAGCACUUACAAAGUAAGGUAAAUAGAAUUUUUGUAGCUGCCAGAAACCAGGGUUCUUUGCCUUGCCUACUGCCAGCAGCACUACAGCACAAGGCAAGAAACUGAAAAUUCUCAGAUGAGGUGAGGUGCUUCUCUUCUCCCUGAGCUAUAGUACAUGAGAAGCACAAAACUGAGGAAAGAAUAUGUAAACUAAGAAAGAAUUUGUCUAUUUUCAAACAGCAAACUUUUUGCUUAUAGAGUGAAGGGAUAAGGUGUUAAAUCAGCAGAGUGUUGAGUAGGGAGAAGACAUCAUUCUCUUCUGAAUUUACAAAUAGGCUAAAAUUCCAACAAAUCUUUUUUCUUUUUGUUUUUCACAUGGAUUCAGUUUUGCUUCUUUCAAGCUCUCAAACAUGCUGGUGAAUUUCUUCUGCUUUCAGGAGAAAGGACAAUUUGCUGUGGGCUGCCUUACCCAAGAAAUCAUGCAACAAUCUAGGGGCUAGUUUCAAAUGAAUGCUGAAUGUGCCUCUGGAUUAGGAUUAUUUAAUACAGCCAAAUUUCAAGGCCAGUUUAGACUUUCUUAUUCUUCUGAACUAUGGAUAAUCAUUUACCCCCUCACAGGGAGGGUAACAAACCACUGCAGGGGUUAAGUAAGUAAUAUCUGAGCUCAGAUUCCUACUUCUGCUAAAUGGGAUACUGAUUAACUCCUUUAAACUCCGUCUUGCUGGACAGAGUUUGAAGAUGGCUAUGAAGAUGGUUAUUCCAUGAACUCUGCAUAUAAACUCAUGUCUUGUUUUCCACAUCUGCCCAGAGGUGUAUCACUUCGUGCAUUGCAUUUGCAUGGCAAGUGUGUCCCUGGCUUGCAGCACAAAGAACACUUGAACCUAGCAAAAGUCUAGACCU